CUCUGAAGGAAAGAGGAAUGCAGCGCGAGCUUCAGACUGGACAGCCGGAAUCAGCGCAGAUCCGCCGCGCGCGCACCGGAGAGAGAGACGCGGAAAAAUCCAGCACACACUUCAGAAAGGAUCUUCCUAGUCGAGGUUAAGGCACCAUGGGAGGAAAACUGAGCAAGAAGAAGAAGGGAUACAAUGUGAAUGAUGAGAAGGCAAAAGAAAAGGAUGCCAAAACAGAGGGAGCAUCAGCAGAAGAGAAUGAUGCUUCUAAAGACAACAAGGAGGAAGCACCAACUGCCACGGAAACCACCGAGACAGCCAAUGACACGGCGGCAGCCACCAAAGAAGCAACGCCUGUUGCGGAUAGCAGUGCAACCGUGCCAAAAGAAGAGGAGAAGAGUGUUGCCCCAACAGCCAAGGAAGAGAAAUCAGCAGCUAGCACCACCUCAACAUCUAAUGCCAAGAGUGCUGACUCUGCAAAAGUGGAACCUGCCAAGAGUCCUGAGGCCCCACCCACCAAGGCAGAAGAAAAACCUGCCUCUGCUCCAGCACCGGCCAAUGAGAAAGAACCAGCGAAAGAUACCACCCCAGCUCUCAAAGAGCCUGCCCCAGCUAAGGAUCCUGCCUCUGCGAUGGAGAGCAAGGCAGAUGCUGAGGCUAAAAAGACUGAAGCUCCACCCGCCAAAGGGCCCGCCUCUGCACAGCCUGUAACCACGGAGACCAGCCCUGCCCCCAGUAAGGAGCAGACAGUUGCUGUGCAAGAUUAACGAACAGAGGCAAACAAACCAAUAAGGAGAAAUAUAAAUAAUAAAAAAUAAGAUCAGAUUAAAUUAGUGAAACUAGCCCUUCUUAAAUUACAACCACUAUAAUAUUGAUAACUGUAAUAAGAAUAUUGACUUUGACAACAUUACUCAACAUCUCAAUAAUUUGUACUGAUGGUGUUUUUUUAAUCGAGCAGAGAGCAAUUAUGAGGUGGUAAUGAAUUUGUAUUUAUAAGUAGAAUAUGAGAUAAAACGAUGAUGUUGAUGAUGAUGAUGAUAAACAUGGUGCUGUUGAUUUCUGUUGUCACAGUUAUUAUUGUUAUUUAAACACUGACACAAGACUGAAUCUACCACCAGCCCCCAAAUCUAACUCUUAAUGUCUCUCUCACUCUUAAUGUCUCUCUCUAUCUUGCUCCCGGUCUCACUCUCUCCAUUUAACCCUCUAUUUAAUGGAGGGGUCAAAUGAAAGAGUGAAACUGGCUUUUUGCAGGCCACACACAGAGUUCUCACCAGUCUGUUCUUACAUUGCUCACUUUCCAAGAUGAGUGUGACUGAUGUGUGUGAGUGUGCCUGUAUGGUGGUCUUGCAUUCUAUUGGGUAUCUUCUCUUUGCUGCCGUCUGGUUUGUGCUUUGGUCAUUUGCAGUGGUUGACGUUGUGUUUUGGCCUUUGUUCUCUAGUCUUUCCUGACCUUUCAAUGCCUUUCAUUAAUAUCCUUUAUAUUGAUGGAAUAAAAAAAAAAACAGAAAGUGUGUGCAGCACAAUGUAAUAUAUGCACACAUGCACGUGCACAUUCACACACACACACACACACACACACACACACACACCACAGAGAGAGAGUCUGUGUUAACAAGUGUUAAUGCAUUAAAACAUAUGUGCACAUUUGCAGUGUUUGUUUAACUCUCCAGUGGUAUUAUAUGUACAAAUAGAAUCCUAUGUGCGUGUGUGUGGGGGUGUGUGUGUGUGUGUGCGUGUGUUUAGGUGGUGAUGCCUGAGGACCCAGACUGCCUUCUUAAUGAUUAAGCAGCAGUUGACAUGGUGUCCGUGCAUGACAGGAGAGAGAGUGAACGAAUGAAUAUAAAGACAGUAAGAGGGUGAGAUAAAGAGUGAUUUGGAAGUAUAAAUUUAAGUUUACUAGAGAAAAUAAUUUCUCUCAGUGCAAUGUGACCUGGUUUUGUGUAUGUGUGUGUGUGUGUGUGUGUGUGUGUGUGUGUGUGUGUGUGAGACAGUGUUGUAACAGACUUCUUGCAUGUCAGUUGUUGAGUGCCCCUGUAGUGUAUUUUGGUUGCUGUGGAAAUAAUGUUGACAAUAUUCUAUUACUCUAUUUCAUUAAAAAUGCACGAACACACCAACAGACUCUCUCUCUGUCUCUCUCUCUCUCUCUCUCUCUCUCUCUCUCUCUUACUUUGUCUAUUCCUCUCUUAACAUCCCUUGCCAAAAUGGAACAGAACUUAAGCUGGAUGAUUUGAAAUUAUAUGUUCUUGUAUAGAUGGAGAAACUAAUAAAAUGUAAGAAACUGAUUGAAA